AUGGGGUCUUCACGACCGCUUUUGUUUCCUACGCUAGCAGUUCAAGACCUUAAACUUACGGACGUUGAAACCAUUUUCCAUCUCACCCAAGCUACGAAUACGGACUGGGACCAGUUUCGGGUCUCAUUUGAGGUUCCCGACGACUGCAGUAUGAUCCGUGCGCAACGUCGAUAUGAGGGAAGGGCUAACUGCACGGUUUUCGGUCUCUCGACGGAUAAUGAGCAGUUCCAUUUCCUUCGAAUCAAUAAUAAAGGCGAAGGCUCAGACGCCCGGAUCAAUGAACUCGAGCAGAUCCAGCGUAGUGAGAAGAAACUUGAAACUGCUCAUGAGAACGACAAGCUUAAAAAUGUUCUUGAGCGAUACCGUGACCGCUAG